AACAGGCAACAGGCAUGGCGGGCAAGUGAGCACGGCAAAGGCAAGUAGGUACGGAGCAAUUUUCCCAGUUUGAUUAUUUUCCCACUGAUUCUCAGUACAAGGAGUUGCGAACUAGCAGGCGCAAGGAACGGUGCUUUGAAACAGGAGAUCCAGAGACCGACACUUCAUAUCUUACAAACUCGAAUCCUUCUGUGUGUGCGAAUUGAUCAACAUGGGCGAGACCGAAGCCAUCCCCGAGAUUGAGCUCAUCAUCAAAGCCUCCUUGAUCGAUGGCAAACGAAAGGGAGCGUGUAUUUUCUGCCAUGAGUACUUCAUGGAUUUGUACCUCUUGGCCGAACUCAAGACCAUCUCCUUGAAGAUCACCACGGUGGACAUGAAAAGGCCACCCCCAGACUUCCGAAGUAACUUCGAGGCCACGCAACCUCCGAUUCUCAUUGACAAUGGCCAAGCCAUCCUCGAGAAUGAAAAAAUUGAGCGAUACAUCAUGAAGUCCAUUCCCGGGGGCCACAACUUGUUUGUGCCAGACUCCGAGGUGUCCAAGAAGAUUGAGAACCUCUACAACCGAUUCAAAGUGGCUUUGGUAAAGAAAGAUGACGCUAGCCGGAACCGAAUCACGUCGAUCCUGGCCGCCAUUGACGAAGAACUGGCCAAGAAAGGCACCCGAUUCCUCACCGGAGACACGUUAUGUUGCUUUGACACGGAACUCAUGCCCAAACUUCAGCACAUCAGGGUGGCUGGAAAGUUCUUCUUGGAUUAUGAGAUCCCUGGACACCUCACCCACUUGUGGAAGUAUAUCAAAGAAAUGUACGAACUGGAUGCAUUCAAGCAGAGCUGUCCAGCGGAUCAGGACAUCAUUCACACGUACAAGAUGCAACAACAGCAAGCUGGGUUCAUUAAAAUGAAGAGUCACGAAGAGCUCGAAUCCCCCACAACAACCCUGAGUGUUCCUCAAAAGUAGCCAAUUCCUCGCAAAGCACCUCAACAACACUUUCCCAAAACGCCAAGCUCAGCCAUUUUGUUCAACAGCUUAGCUUGAAUUUGAUUUCCAUUUCUCUCUCUGUGCUCCUUUUCCAACAGAUGACGACGAUAUCGCGGCAAAGCCAAAUUUUUGCUCGAUAGGCAUCUUUUGAUGGCGGAAAAAAAACAAAGUUUAGAGAGUACAGUAACAUGUGUAUUUUAACCUGAUUUUUUGAAAUUGGGAUGGUGCAAUAUAUCGAAAUUAAUCCUUA